AUGAUUGUGAAAAGCCAAAGAGCUGGAACGCACCUUGCCGACCUGGCCGAGGCGUUCGCCACACUGCGCAAGUUCGGCAUGCGGCUCAACCCCACAAAAUGCACUUUCGGCGUGGCCUCCGGCAAAUUCCUUGGGUUCAUCGUACACGAAAGAGGAAUUGACGCCAAUCCCGAGAAGGUGCAGGCGAUAAUCAACAUGCAGCCCCCCCGGACGAUGAAAGACCUGCAGCAACUUAACGGAAGGCUUGUCGCCCUGUCUCGUUUUCUCGCUCGAUCGGGAGAUCGUUGCCUCCCAUUCUUCAAGGCGCUCAAAAACCCGAAGAACUUCCAAUGGACAUUAGAAUGCGAGGAGGCUUUCAAGCAAGUAAAGCGACACUUGGCCAGCCUCCCCCGGCUCGCCUUUGUCUCCCCCGACGAGAAGCUGGGUCUCUAUUUGGCGGCCUCACCGCACGCACGUUACCCGCCGAUAGAAAAGCUCGCGCUCGCCCUGGUGCUCUCGGCUCGGAAGUUGCGCCCCUACUUCCAGGCUCACACGGUGGAGGUCAUCACCGACCAACCGCUUCGGCAGGUCUUAACCAAAUUUGAUGUUGCAGGACGGCUCCUCAAAUGGGCGGUAGAGCUCGGCGAGCAUGACAUAAGAUACGUGCCCAGGACCGCCGUCAAGGCCCAGGCGGUAGCUGACUUCAUCGCGGAGUUAACUCAGACGGGGGAUAGAGAUCUCGAGCAAACCCCCGAAGCUUGGACCCUACACGUGGACGGCUCGGCCAACUCAAGGGGUGCCGGCGCGGGACUGGUUCUCCUCGCCCCUAACGGACGCUCAUUCGAGCGCUCCCUCCGCUUCGGGUUUAAAGCCACUAACAACGAGGUGGAGUUCGAGGCACUCCUAGCAGGACUAAGGUUGGCCCUCGAGAUGCAGGUGGCCGUAAUACGCGUCCUCACCGACUCGCAGCUCGUGGCCGAACAGCUCAGCGGAGGAUAUGAAGCUCGGGACGCAACCAUGGCAAAAUACCUGGCGCGGGUAAGGGACCUAACCGACAAGUUCCCUUACUUCACGUUGUCUAAUAUUCCGAGGGAGGAGAACGAGCGGGCCGGCACGCUAGCUAAGCUGGCGUCAAAGCCAACCUCCGAAGCAUGGCCGGAGGUUGAGGAGCUUCCUGCUCGUGCCAUUGAAGUGGCGGCUACGACCCCAGGCAGUGCACCGAUCAUGUGGGUACAAGAGCUGCUGCGCUUCAAGCGGGAUGGAACCCUUCCCCUCGACGAGGCUGCUGCUCGGCGCCUACGCCGUAUGCACGCGUGGUACACCGAGGAGAGCGGCCGGCUCUACAGACGAUCCUUUACCUAUCCCCUCCUGCGGUGCUUGGAGCCUAACGAAGCCCAGACGGUCCUGGCCGAAACCCACGAGGGGGUUUGCGGCGAACACAUAGGCAGGCGGACCUUGCACACAAAACACUCCGCCAAGGCUACUACUGGCCGAUCAUGUGCCGGGACGCGAAAGCUUACAUACAGCGGUGCGGUUCGUGCCAGCAACACGCCCGCGCGCCCCGACAGCCCGCGGUACCGCUCAGCCCGAUCGAUUGCGCGUGGCCAUUCGCGCAGUGGGGCUUGGACCUACUCGGGCCCUUCCCACCGGCUUCGGGGCAGCGUAAGUACAUAA